AUGGAUGAUGAGCUGGCUAAGGAGGAGGAACGUUCUCCAGAGGUCAGCACAGACCCAGGAGACACCGGAGACUCUCAGAGAGACGUCAAAGAGGAGGAGGAAGAAGGACAUGUGAGGAUUAAAGAGGAGGGAGCUCCUAUGGAGAUCAGCACAGAUGGACAAUACAGAAGGUGCAACAGCAAUAGAUGUUCCGUCAUCUCUCCAUGUGGGAAAACUGAAGAUGUUGAAGUCACGUCUGAUUCCUCUAUAGAAGGCUUAGCUACUCCAAAGGUUCCCUCUGGACACGGGAGUUGCUCUGAAGGUGGUUCCUGCCCUGUUCCUCAUCAUGCGACUGGCAAAGAAGAUGAAACCUUUCCAUGUUCUGAGUGUAGUGAGAGCUUUAGUAAGAGAGCAGAACUUCUCACCCACCAGAGGACUCACAUCGUGGAGAAGACGUAUCCUUGCUGUGAAUGUGGCAAAGUCUUCAACGAGAGAGCAAAGCUCAUGGUGCAUGAAAUCAACCACAAAACUGAGAAGCAAAACUCAUGCUCCGAGUGUGGGAAAUGUUUCCGAGACCAAUCCGCCCUAGAGUUUCACAAAAAGGUUCACACGGAGCAAGUGUACACGUGUGCGGAGUGUGGUGGGACCUUCACGAAGGAGUCCUACCUCAUUAGUCAUCAGAGGGUGCACGCUGGUAAGAAGGUCUUCACAUGUUCCGAAUGUUGGAAGAGCUUUUCCCAGGAGUCCUACCUGCUCAAACACCAACUGAUCCACUCCGGAGAGAAGCCUUUUUCGUGUGCUGAAUGCGGGAAAAGCUUUGCCGAGAAAUCGAGGUUUACCGCCCAUCAAAAGUACCACAGAGAGAAACCGUGCACCUGUUCAAAGUGCGGGAAAAAGUUUACCGUGAGGAGAAGCCUUAUCGAGCAUGAGAGAAUUCACACGGGGGAACGUCCAUUCCUUUGCUCCGAGUGCGGGAAGCGUUUUAGGCUGAAGGCAGCUCUAAUGUUGCACUGGAAAACUCAUCCAGGUGUGAACUUCAAGCCCUACCCAUGCCCUGACUGUGGCCAGUGCUUCAACCGCAAAGUCGAACUUUUCAGUCACCAAAGAUUUCACAUAGCCGAGGCGCCCUAUUCGUGUUCUGAGUGUGGGAGGUAUUUUCCGAACAAAGGAAGCUUCGUCAGACACCAGUCCAACCAGACCAAUGAGACGGCCUUCACAUGUUCUGACUGUGGCAAGUCAUUUCCAUGGAGGGGCUGUCUCAUGUAUCAUAAGACAAUACACAAUGGCUGGAUGCCAACUUCGUAGGGCUCUGGACAAUGUUUUGGAGGCACACUAUGUGGCCAAAGGUU